CUUUGCAUUUCAUGAUGGCGGUUGGGGAAAACCUCCACUGCUCCAGGUGAUAAAUUUUUAAACGAGUUGAGAGACAAAGCAUGACUCAAACAGCAAUUCAUGACAGAAAUUUAUGCUAGGAAUAUGCUUUUUUAAUAAACUCUACCCAAGAUGGCUACACAGUUCAUGCCUCACUAUGAUGCCCACGCUGCUGCAGGACCGCAGUCCGGCUACAAAAUGGGUCAUCAAGCGGCUUUCUCUCAAAGAAAUACAAAUGGCCGCAGUUUUGCAUUUCGUAAGAGAUACGAGAGGAUAGACUGGAGGAGGAUAGCAUCAGUCGAUGUGGACCAAGUCGCGAGAACACUGGAUUUUAAUGCUCUUCAAGACAACAUUAUGAAUUUAACAUUUUGCAACAUAGAAGCUGAACUGGAUGUGAGAAUGGUAGACCCAAAUUUCAUCAAGCUCUUCAAAUUGGCCCAGUUAACAAUUGAAUAUUUACUGCACUCCCAGGAAUAUAUGACAGGAGUUGUCUCCAACAUGGAGGAGAAAAUCAAGAAAGAAGAAGAGGAUCAUGCAGAAACUAAAGCGCAGCUGGAGAAGGUUAAGAAGGAAUUGGCAGACACUAAGAAAGAAAGUCACAAGAGAAAGAAGCUACUUAUGGCUCAACAACAACUCAUCCACGCAGGAUCUGGUAGUUACAACAAGUGCCCAUUUUGUCCAAAAGCUUUCCUCAACUCCUCAUUUCUCCAGUCGCACAUAAACCGUCGCCAUAACGAUUUCUCUGGGAAAGCAGCAUCUGUUGCCGUGGGAGCAGAGCAGAGCACGGGGCAGGUCCCAAUGGUUGCCAAGGAAACCAAAGAAAUAUUCCAGCAGUUCCAGCAAGUCCAAGUUCAACAGGAUCAAGCCAAGACAGUUCAUGAAGUUUCAGCUCCCAAAUCACCUGGCACCACUGCAAAGAUGGAGAUCAUUAGAGUUCAAGAAGAAGAUAAGAAAGAAAUUGAGAAAGUCAAGGAAAUGUUCAUGAGAGAAUUUAGUGAUCUACAAUCCUCACAGCGAAAACCAGCUCCAGCACGCACAAGGCAAGAAGUGCUCGUACAAAAACCUGUCGAGGAUGAAAUCGAGGAAAUGCUGGCUGAUGCCGGUGCUGCAGCGUCCCCUGAGAGAACCACACCACGCGGUGGUCAGCCCAGCGGAGUGGAGGUCCCCACCAAGUUACAGAUGGAACCCAGCGAUGAUGAUGAUGAAGAUACAGAGCUGAAAUCAGCACGAGGAACAGGCACUGGGAGCUUUGGUCGGGAAUCUAUGCAUAGUACCAUGGAUUCUUUCAGGAGUGGAGAACUAACCUUGAGGACCACACAGUUCCUGGAGGAGCUGAGGAAGAACCCCACCCUGAAACUGAUGAGGGACGAGCUCAUCUCCCUGUUACAGGACAGUCUGGAUAAAAUCGGAAUCCCCCCGGAAACCAGAGGCAUCCCUGAUGAUUUGUUGAUCAGUAAGCUAGCCUUACUGAAACAGAGGAGACAGACAACAGUGCAGAAAUACCCCAUCUUCACGGAGUUUAGAAAGCAGUGUAAUGCCCAUGCUGAUCAGUUGGCAAGAGAGAGACUCAGGGAACAGAAAAGGUCACCCCCUCCCUCAUCAGGCAGUAGAGCAGGAAUGCCUCCGCGUGCUGUAACUAACACCAGUAUGAUGGCCUCAGGAACCUCUAGAUGCUGCCCAGCAAAAAUGAUAAAUUCAGCCUCUCAUCCCCAGCCACAGGCACAGCCACCUAGAGCAGCAGCCCCCCAGCAGCAACCAAAGCCAGCUCCUCAGAGGACACCACACUCUUGCAGUUCUAGUCUAGAGUGGACCAGCACACAGUGGUCCGGGGACGAAGAAGAGGAAACAGAAGAGGAGGAUGAGCCCCCAGCAUUUGAACAUGUCAGGGUGAUAAAGUCUGGGCCCGCGGGGAGGGGGAGGGGAAUCCCUGCCCCCCGGACACAGCCCACACCAGUAGCCAGACAGCCCGUACAGGUACAUGGGAAAGCUCAGGAUGAGGAUGAUGAUGAAUGGGACUCAGAUAUAAGUGACCUAGAGGAGGAGAUAUUACCUGGGAAGUCCAGUACAGCCCCCACCCCAAUCAGAAUCCAGUCUUCACCAGCCAGAAAUCCUGGACUGGCCACCUCACCCGCCAGAGGUGGACCUGUCGUUGUACAACCCAAGGGUCAAAAGGUGGCAGAACUCUCACGCACCAUUGAAAUGCAGCUGGCUGGUCGCAAAGAGAAGAAAAUGGCAGGGGCAGUUGAUACAAUGGGAGGCAAGAAAGAAAAAGAUGUCCUGGAUGACUUCUCUGAUAGUGACUGGGAUGUUUCUCCAGUGGAGGAAGAGGCCCCUGCUGCCACAGCUCCAAAGAAGGCUACAGUUCAAGUCAGAGGUAGCCACGCUUCCGACACCACUAAUACGUACGGCACUAGUGUCUGGGGGUCAUCUUCUAAAGGAGCCAGUACGGUCCCAGCAGCAGGGACACAGGGGGGUCGGGCAUCCAGGGGAUCCUUUGUCAGCGUCACGGACGUCAGCUCAGAUGAGGAACUGGAUCUUGACAACAUUUAAUAGCGUUCUUGUUUACUACUGAAACAAACUACUGGCUGAUAUUGAAACAGUCCAUAAGAUGGAUAAUGGAUGGUUAUCCAUCUCAAGGAACGAAUGUACAUGCAACUGGUUUGGUGCUCAUUCCAACUUAGUCUGGAAAUAUGGUACUAAAUAAUAUUAAAUGAGCUAUAGGUUUGCUACAAUACUUUUGAUGUUAGAUUUUUGCCAAUGUAGUAACUCAUUUUCAAUCACUCUGGCUAAAUACUGUAGUAAAUUAGUUCAAAGUAUUUGCAAAAUGUGAAGUUUAUUUAUUUGAUCUAAUCUGAUCUACUGUACAUAUCAUAUAUUUUAUGCAAAAUACUUAACUGUUUUGAGAUUCAUUUCAAUUCCCUCCAAUUGCAUUCAUAUCUU